CCAGUAAUCUUUCUCAGAGAAACACCUCCCUGAGCGCAGGAGGAAAAGCCUCUCUUGGAUAACCAUAUAUAAAGAAAGACAGAAUGUGUCCUCGUCCCUCCAGAGCUCCAGUCGUCAUCCUGUCACUCCAUCAGACAGAGGAACCCAAUCACAGCUGUCAGUAUGGUGGGUCUGAAGCCGUCAGAUGUUCCUCCUCCUCUGGGUGUGAAGGUUCUCAGCGCAGGAACAGCCGCCUGCAUCGCUGAUUUAGUCACCUUCCCUCUGGACACCGCAAAAGUGCGGCUACAGAUCCAGGGAGAGAAGGCGGUGACGGGCGCAGCUAAAGGCAUCCGGUACAGAGGGGUGUUUGGGACCAUCAGCACCAUGGUGAGAACGGAGGGGCCGCGCUCGCUCUACAACGGCCUGGUCGCCGGGCUUCAGAGACAGAUGGCCUUCGCUUCCAUACGAAUCGGCCUCUACGACAACGUCAAGAGCUUCUACAUGCGCGGCAAAGACAACCCCAAUGUGGGCAUCAGGAUCCUGGCGGGCUGCACCACCGGAGCGAUGGCCGUGUCCGUGGCUCAGCCCACAGAUGUGGUGAAGGUGCGUUUCCAGGCCCAGAUGAACCUGCAGGGGGUGGGCAGACGCUACAACGGCACCAUGCAGGCCUACAGACAGAUCUUCCAGCACGAGGGGCUCCGGGGAUUGUGGAAAGGAACGCUCCCCAACAUCACAAGAAACGCCCUGGUCAACUGCACUGAACUGGUGUCCUACGAUCUCAUCAAAGAAGCCAUUCUCAAACAUAAGCUCUUGUCAGACAAUCUUCCGUGUCAUUUCGUGUCUGCGUUCGGAGCGGGUUUCAUCACGACAGUGAUCGCGUCUCCUGUGGAUGUGGUGAAGACGCGCUACAUGAACUCUCCUCCCGGACAGUACCGCAGCUCCCUCAACUGCGCCUGGACCAUGAUGACCAAAGAGGGCCCGACCGCCUUCUACAAAGGGUUCGUUCCGUCUUUCCUGCGGCUGGGCUCCUGGAACGUGGUGAUGUUCGUGUCGUUCGAGCAGCUCAAGCGGGCCAUGAUGAUGUCCAGGAGCAGAAUCGAGGCCACAUAGAUCUUCACCUCAGACCGAAAUCCUUUCAAACUCACCGACUCACAUGAACGGCUGUUUCAAACUCCUCUGAAGGGACGAGGACGACAACCGGAGCAGCUUCCAGUUUCACACUUCCGCUUUGGAAGUUCAACAGGCAACAGAACGGGAUGCACAUCAGUCAGAAUCUGACAGAAACGUCAGAACCAGAUCAUGACUGUCAUCCUUUCUCCUUCAGGGUAAACCCCAAUAACAGCGGCUGCUCAAUACAACGAUUGAUCAUACAACGCACAAAUUGAAAUGAAAGGCUCUUCUGAACCCCCUUGAUAUGUUAAUGUACAUAAUGUUUAUGUAAUAUUUAUAUUUCCUCAUUUUUUAAGCAAUUAGUGCUUUGUUUAAAGCACCUAUUUACCUUAAUGUCUCUUUAACCCUGAAUAUCCUUCACGUAAACCUGGAAUGACCUAGAAAGUGAGAUUGCCUCAUAACUGGAAACUUAUAAAGAUAAGCACAUAUGCUUCAAUAAAACACCUUUAUACUA